AAACCUUAUUUGUUCUUAUUCAUUCCUAUCGCAACAAGAUGGACUUUACCGAGACUGAGAAUGGACCAAUUAUUAAAUCUUGGAUGGAAAUUUCUUUUACCUAUUUCUCUAGGUAAUCUAUUAUUAACAACUUGUUCCCAACUUAUUUCACUGUAAAAAAAUACUUCUAUAUUCAUAUUCACGACUUGUCUCAAACAAGAGAAAGAAACAAGUAUCCUAUUUUUUAUAGAUAUUCACGAUAUGUUCCCUAUGGUAACUGAGUUCAUGAAUUAUGGCCAACAAAUAGUACGAGCCGCAAGGUAUAUUGGUCAAGGUUUCAUGAUUACCUUAUCACACGCGAAUCGUUUACCUGUAACUAUUCAAUACCCCUACGAAAAAUUGAUCACAUCAGAGCGUUUCCGCGGACGAAUCCACUUUGAAUUUGAUAAAUGCAUUGCUUGUGAAGUAUGUGUUCGUGUAUGUCCUAUAGAUUUGCCCGUUGUUGAUUGGAAAUUGGAAACUGAUAUUAGAAAGAAACGAUUGCUUAAUUACAGUAUUGAUUUCGGAAUAUGUAUAUUUUGUGGUAAUUGCGUUGAGUAUUGUCCAACAAAUUGUUUAUCAAUGACUGAAGAAUAUGAACUUUCUACUUAUGAUCGUCACGAAUUGAAUUAUAAUCAAAUUGCUUUGGGUCGUUUACCAAUGUCAGUAAUUGAUGAUUACACAAUUCGAACAAUUUUCAAUUUGCCUGAAAUAAAAACUUAAGAACUCAUUUUGAUCUAAAAGAAUGAAGGUUUUUAUUUGGUGAAUAAUUACAAUUAUAUUGAUUAGGGGGCG